AUGAACGACGCCCGACUGCAAGCCCUGGACGACUUCGUCUACCUGAACAGAACCCUCUUUCGCAAAACCAAAGUCGACGACGAAGUGGCCCGUCUGAUUUCCAAGGCCUGUCAGGCCUUCAGCCGUCUGCGAAACACAGUUUUGAAUCGACACAGUCACCAUAUCAGCACCAAACGGGAGAUGUACAGAGCGGUCAUCCUGCCGACGCUGCUUUAUGAAGCGGGAACCUGGACGGAGUACAAGAAGCAGGCACGCAGACUAAACUACUUCCACGUCAGCUGUUUCCAAAAGAUAUUGAAGCCGAGGUGGCAGAACCAGAUCCCGGACACGGACGUACUGGAACGCAUGGGAAUCCUCACCAUAUAUAUCAUGCCGAUACAACUGCAACUGCGCUGGAGCGGCCAUCUGGUGCACAUGGACGACGAGCGGUCACCUAGACGACUCUUCUAUGGAGAAGUCGCUACGAGUUCCCGCCGACAAGGAGGUCAAGUCCGGCACUACAAGGAUACCCCACAGACUACUUGA